AUGCUACAACCCAGGAUAGCUUCUCGAGAGGCAUCUCUUACCUCUCUGGCAACAGCUCUAAACAACCUAGCGCUCUGCUCACGCCAUGCAACCAAACCGCGACAACCACAAUUGGUCAUCACCCGUCAUGCCUCUCAUGCAGCUCAAGGUCGAGCAAAUGGACCAGGUGACUCGGCUGGUCGACGCUUGGGUGCGAAGAAGACAGCAAGUCAAUACGUGAUACCAGGGAACAUCAUCUUCAAGCAGAGAGGCACAAACUGGUUUCCCGGCGAAAACGUGGGCAUGGGCAAAGACCACACCAUCUACAGCACCGAAUACGGCUACGUCCGAUACUACCGCAAUCCAGCCCUCCAUCCCAAACGACGAUAUAUCGGCGUCGCACUCGCCAAGGACGGUCCAGCCUCGAAACUACCUACUCCACACAAUGCGCCCACUCGUCGCAGAUUAGGAAUGUACGCAACUCCUAUGAAAGAAACACCUCUAUCACCCGCAGCACAAGCUGUUGAAGACUCCUCCUUCCUCGAAGCGCACGUUGCUGUCUCCGAUGUGAACAACUCGCUGAAAACACUCCCUGUCCCGCCACAAGCAGCAGCGCAAACAGGUGCAUUGAGGGCAUUCGACCCAUCCAACGCGUUAAGACGAGGUGGACACGGCAUCACAAACUACGAGAUUGGUAGGGCUGCGGAGAGGAAAGGCGUCAGGGUCAAGGAGUUUGACAGGAGUGAUCGAUGGACGGCGUGGAGAGUCAGGGCGAAGAGAGUGAAGGAGCAGAUGUUGGCUAGACAGGCCAAAGCCAGGAAUAAGACGAAGGGCAAGAAGAGUAACAAGAAGAUUGCCGGUUGA